UGCUUUCCUCCUGGUCGUACCUUUGGGUCCAAUUACUGAUGAAGACAAAGGAGAGCUGGAGACCAUCCAGAAGAUUCUCAGCUCACGAGUCAAUGACUUUGUCAUGGUCCUGUUUAGACAGGAUAACAUUCCAGUCGAUAAAACUGCAGUUGACUUUGUGGAACAAAAUGCAGACACAAAGCAACUGAUCAAGAUAUGCGGAAGGCGGUAUAAAAUCUUUGAUGCUUCAAGAUUGAGAACGCUAAGCAGACGACAGAACUUGUAGCAGAAAUAGUGAAGAUGAUGGAUCAAAACAGAACCUGCUACACUCUGUACAUGUACAUGGAGGCUAAACACCAAUCAGAACUGGACCAAAAGAACAGAAUAAUCAAGGAUUUAGAGGAGAGAAUCAGGAACAUGUCACAAGGUACUGAAAUGGAGUGUUCCAGCACAGAGUGCAUAAGGGUGGUGCUGAUUGGGAAAACUGGAAAUGGGAAGAGCGCCUCUGCAAACACUAUCUUGGGCAGAGAUGAAUUUGAGUCUAAAAUCAGCAGUAAUUCUGUGACAACAGUUUGCCAGAAGGCAGUCGGCAAAGUUGAUGGAAGAACAGUUUUUGUGGUGGACACACCUGGUCUUUUUGACACAACAUUGUCUAAUAAAGAUGUUCAGCAAGAGAUAGUGAAAUGUGUUUCCCUGUCAGCUCCUGGACCCCAUGUGUUUAUCAUAGUGUUAAAAAUCGGGACAAUGACACAAGAGGAGCUGAACGCUUUGGACCUCAUAGAGAAAACCUUUGGUCCACGGGCCAGAAUGUUCUGCUUAGUUCUGUUUACUAGAGGAGAUGAAUUGGGAACAAUGUUGAUUCAAGAUUACAUUGGGGAAAGCAAGAUUGCCAAACUGCAAAAAUUGAUCAGAGAUUGUGGAUGGAGACUCCAUGUUUUCAACAACAAAGACAAAAACAACCGCACACAGGUCACUGAGCUGAUUAAGAAGAUUAAUGAAAUGGUGUCCAUGAACAAGGGCAGUUUCUACACCAGUGAGAUGUUCCAGGAGGCAGAGACAGCCAUUAAACAAAAACAAGAAGCAAUACUGAAGGAGAGAGAGAUGGAGAUAAAGGCUGACAUGGAGAAACUGAAGGUCAGACAUGAAACAGACAUGGAAAAGAUGAAGUCAAAGUUGGAAGAGGAGAGAUUGAAAGUUCAGGAAGAAAGACAGCUGAGAGAAAAACUGUUGAGAGAGAGAGAAGAAGCUAUUAGAAAAGAACAUGAAGACAAGGAGAAAGCAGAGAAGGAAGAAAGAGAGUUGGAGGACAAAAAAAGGAAAGAGGAUGAAAAGUUGAAAAAAGAAAUAUGGGACACAGAAAAAGAAAAGAUGGAAAAAGAGAUAAAAACUCAGGAAAUAAAGUUGAAAAACCUCGAAAGGGAAAAGGAAGAAGAAUAUAAAAUUAGGAAGGAAAAACUGAGAAAAGAAGAGAAAGACAGAGAAGAACAACUUCAAAAUCAAGAAAGGAAGUUUGAUCAACUAAAAAGGGAACAGGAUGAACAAAUGGAAAAGAGAGAGAAAGAAGAGGAUGAGAGGAGAAAGAAGGAAGAGGAAGAAAGACAAGAGUGGCAAAGAAAAAUAGAGGAAGCAGAGAAAGGUCAAACAGAACUUCAAGAGGUCAUGCGUAGAGAAAAAGAGGAAUGGGAGGAACAAUUGAAGAAAGAAAGAGACAGACAACAGGAAGAAGAAAGGCUCAGGAGACAGAUGGAGGCAGACACUCUUGUAGAACAAGAGAAAAAACAGAGGAGAUUGAGAGAGCAGUUUGAAAGAGAGAGGGAACGAGAUAGAAUAAAGAUGAAGCAAUCAGAAGAUCAGAGGAGAGAAAAAAAGAGAGAAAAAGACUUUGAAGAAAAGAGGAGAGAGUUGACAGACAAAAUGACAACGCAACGAGAGCAGUGGGAGAGAGAACGUAGAGAGGAACAGGAAAGAAGAUUUCAAGAGGAUGUAAACAGAAGAGUGGAGGAGAGACUACGACUAAGAAAACUGGAGGAAACAUUUCAACAAGAACGUGAAGAAGAGAAUAUGAGGAAAGAGAAGGAAGAUAAAGUCAGGAGAGAACAAGAAGAGAAGAAAUGGAAAGAAAUGAAGGCAGAUUAUGAAAGGAAAACAAAAGAAAAGAAGGAUAAAUAUGAACAAGAGGCCAGAAGACUUGCAGAGGAAAUGAAUAACUUUAAAGAGAAAUAUGAAAAUGACUUUCAAAAACUAUUGGAUCAACAUGAAGAAGAGAAGGAGAAACUAAGACAAAAGCACAAAGAGGAGUAUGAUCUUUUGAAUGCUCUAUAUGGUCAUGAUAAAACACAACUGACUGAGAAAAUCAAUGAAUUGAAAAAGAAGCAGGAGAAAGAGAAAAAGAAUGUGCGCAAAUGUAUUGUACUGUGAGAAUCUUGAGCCCUAUUUGAAUGGGACCGGUAUAAUUAAGCAGUAAGGCCAGAGGAGGUGUGGUAUAUGGCCAAUAUACCACAGCUGUUCUUAUGUACGACACAAUGCUGGGUCCUUGGAUACAGCACUUAGCCGUGGUAUAUUGGCCAUAUACCACAACCCCCAGGUGCCUUAUUGCUGUUAUAAACUGGUUACCAACAUAAUUGGAACAGUAAAAAUAUUUUUGGGUCAUAACUGUGUAUAUGGUCUGAUUUACCACGUAUUUCGGUUUUAAAAGCAGGUAGCAAGCAGGGAGAAUGUAAUGACUACCUGAACCCAGUGUGUGUGCUCCGUCUGGUGACAGUUGAAAAACAAGAGGCCCCCAUCACCACGGCGGCAGCUAACGCAAACUGAUACAUGUGAAACUCAAACAGUUGUGGUAUUUCCUUCUAUGCUUCUCAGUCAGGAGGUUUGUAAUAUACUGUACUGUAUGUUCAUUUGGUUUCAGCACUUUUAUGAGGGCUUUUAUGUCCAGUCCAAGAUACAGUGCAUUUAAUGGGACAGUGAAGCAUAUUUUCUUAUUUUGGCUAUGGGGUUAAAGUGCAGACUGUCAGCUUUAAUCCAUAUCAAGUGAACCGUUUAUAAAAUAAAGCACUUGUAAAUAGUCCCCCAUUUUAGGAACCUAAAAGUAUUAAAUUGUAUGUGUAUUAAAUUAGUAAAAAGUGAAGAAUUUAGUCCCAUAUUCCUAGCAUGCAAUGACUACAUCAAGCUUGUGAAUACAUUUGCUUUUGCUGUUUGUUUUUGUUGUGCUUCAGAUUAUUUUGUGCCCAAUAGAAAUUCAUAGUAAAUAUUGUAUUGUGUAAUUUUAUUGUGUCAAAUAAGGUUGUCACGAGAAUUUUGUUCGCAAUGUUCUAAACUGAACUUCAAUUAAACUACUCGGUUUGUAAAGUUCUGGUUGAAUGUAAAAGCCUGAGUCCCAAUCUACAAGAAUCAAAAAGUUUGUUCACAAGAGCUCUGCCCUUCUGGGACAGAACUAUUCCUUUUAUACACACACACAGUUACUUGGUUCUACCCUAGUCUAAUUUUAGGCUACUCCCUGCUCAAACAAACAGCAUCUUCCACUGACCACAUUCCAUGGUCUAACUGUUCCACAUUUUGCCAUAUAUCUUUUAGUCUUCUACAAGCCCACCAGUUUCUCCCCCACCUAGGUUGACCCCUGCUUUCACAGUUAUCACAAAUCGAGUGAACAGUUAGCCUGGGAUAUCUCAACUACCCCCAGCUCAACACACAAUGGCUUAGGCACACACAUUAACUGUAUUAUGACUCUAACACAUUUAUAUAUUCUUAUAAUUCGAAUACAUUUCAAAGUUAUAUGGUUUUAGAGUGGAAUACUUUAGUCAUUAAAUCUGAAAAUACAAAUUCUUCUAUCAGUAUCACUCAUCAUUAUUCACAAUUCAUUCAACAAUAUCUGUAAUCAUGGUUACAUCCACA